CCAGGAGCGGCGGCUCCGUCCCGUCCGCCCGCAGCGGAGCCGAGCGCGCCGGGAACGGCGCUGCCGCCUCGCCGCCGACAGCGCGAAACAUCUCAGGCUUUCUCCAGGCAAGUUCAUACCUGCCAGCCCCUUUUACUCCUAACUUUCCAACUUCAGCUAUUGUCUUAGGUCAGCCUUGCCCCCUCAGACCAGCAGUCCUGCAGAAGUUGGCAGAAACAGCGAAUUUCAGCAACAGGAGGGGUUAGAGGAGAUGUCACAGCAGCAGCCUCACCCUCAGCCCUGACCUGCUGCACCACUUCAGGUUUUCCCUGCACACAGGGCUGAUACUGCUCAGGCAGAGGACUGUGUAUAGGACAGUCAAAAACGCGGUGUGGCAGUGAGGCCAGGGCAGGUGACAGCAGCACGAUGGAGGCAGUGGACGUGCCGCCCGAGGGCUACUCGCUGAUCAAGGCCGUGUACCAGCGGCGGCUGCGGCUGACGCGGCUGCUGAUCGACGGCGGGGCCUACGUCAACGAGAGCAACAGCCGCGGCGAGACCCCGCUCAUGGUGGCCUGCAUGACCCCCCACGCCGACCUGCAGAGCGCCAGCAAGGCCAGGAUGGUCAAGUACCUGCUGGACAACAAGGCUGACCCCAACAUCCAGGACAAGUCGGGGAAGACGGCGCUGAUGCACGCCUGCCUGGAGAAGGCGGGCCCCGAGGUGGUGUCGCUGCUGCUGCUGAGCGGGGCUGACCCCAGCCUGCCCGACCACUCCAACUGCUCUGCGCUGGUCUACGCCAUCAACGCCGCCGACAGAGACACCCUGGAGCUGCUGCUGAAGGCCUGCAAGGCGCGGGGGAAAGAGGUGAUCAUCAUCACCACAGACAAGUCCGCCUCAGGGAGGCAGAAAACAAAGCAGUACCUGAACGUGCCUCCCCCAGACCUCGAGGAGUGCACCUCCCCGGCUGACUGCAGCUCCCCGUCAGAGGUAGAGCCCAACGAGGGUCCGGAAGACCCAUUCAGCUUUAAAGAGCUGUAUGGUGGGCAGCCGGGGGACAACUCCUCUGAAAGGGUGCCACUAAUGAGCAAACCCAGCUCCACACCAGCACGGUUCAAGCUGACGCAGGUGCUGCAGUGUGAUCCGUGGCUGAAGUGCUGUCCAGCAGUGUUUCAGCAGAGGAAAAUUCCUUCUCCUCAAGAGCUUCAGAGUAUCAGUCCCAUGGAAGAGCUCUCCUGUAAAGUCAGUGACCUUGACUUAUGCAAGAGUGUCAGUCACGAAAGCAGAGACAGGAAGGGCACUGGUCAGGUAGUGAGAACCUCCGACCACACCAUGUCAAGGAAAGCACUACGUGAUGCAAUAAACUAUCAGACUCCUUUUGUUGAAGAGAAGCAUAACCCCAGUGAGAUUCCCAUGGGCAUGGAUGCCAGUUUGGGACAGAUCAGCUUACUUUCAAACCUUGGCAGUAUUAUCAAGAAAGGAAGUGGAGAACCCAACUACAACAUCUCCAGUUCUCAGUUAGCCAACACUCUAAUUCCUGCUGCUGAUACCAAAGGUAGUAAGUCACCAAAAGGAAAUAAAGAGAUUCUUCCUACAUACCAGACUUUGUUACCAAGUCCGAGAAGAGUUCUGGAGAUGUCUCCUCUUUCUCCAAGAGGCAGAAGUCAGGCUCCUCUAGAGGAAGAGAGCUCAGGAGCCCUAGUGUUGGAUCAGACGAGGCCAGGCUUUCUGCCUCCACUGAAUGUGAGCCCCCGCCCCCCCGUCCCAGAGCUCACUGUCAUAAACACAGUUUCUGGAAUGAUUUCUUACGGACAAACUCACUUAGUGCCCCCAGGAUCUGCCUGCCCUAAGGGGACCAAAGAGACGAAUCUGCUGCGGCGCAGGCCGUAUGAGCAGAUCACAGUCUGAGCAGAUUCAGCAGUUGCUGCACCUUUACCAGGAGAGCAAAGGGGAUCUUUAUGACAUGUAAAUAUUCACUGCAGUCCUUGACUGUAAUGGUACGUAUCACAAAGUAGAGCAGGUCUGUGAUGUAAAGUAAUGUCUGCCUCAGGAUGAGUGCUGCAGCUCAGAAACUAAACGAAAAGACAUCGAAUGAGGCUGCCUUCUGCAGAAUAAGCAGUGUUUAUUUUGCUGGUCUUGUAAAGUUUUCAACUUGCCUCUGGCAGGCAACCCUCAACAGUCCAUAAGCAUUGCAGUUCUCAUUGUAGGUUGUACAUACUACCCCUGCAAGCUGUCCCCAAGCACACGCCCUUGCAGCGCCCAGAGCGGUGCUGCACACGGACUCUGGGACCCCGCGGCGUGUGGCUGCGAUGCUGGACAGCGGACUGCCUGUGUCCAGGCUGUAUAUAGGAACCGCAGCGACCCCGGCGUGUGGCGGGGUGGGCGGCAGCAGGCGCUCGCCGGCGGUGUCUGCCGGCCUCAGCAGCCUGGCGGACACGUCAGAGCUGGUGACACUGCUGUCGCCGGGCUGUGCAGCCCGCAGAACCGCGGCUGCGGGCUGGCAGCCUUCCCCGGAGCCGCGGUGGCAGCACCGCCGCGCUG